CCGCCUUCCGUUUUUGUCACCAUCACAUGGAGGUUUGAUGGUUUCUUUUUUGUACAGGAUCUGUUGCAAAUACUUCUCACGAGCAGCUGCGGAAAUGACAGCCGUUACCCAAACCACUGCUGAAGCAGUUUGCCCCACCGAAAGUGUGCUGGGAAGUUUACCUCUCAGAUGAAGACCGCUGAUGAGGAGCAUCGAUGAACAGAUCACGGAGAGGAUGUGAAAAACAUGGAGGAAAAGAGUGCUGCUGAUGAAACAGAUGAGGUUUUGCAAGGGUCACUUCCGUCUAUCCAGGAUCUGGGUCAUCAUUUACCUCCGCGCAUCUCUGCUCAGAGUGGAAGCAUCGUGGUCGCUCCCUCCAUCCACAAUUCUAACAUCGGAAACUUAAACAUCACUAUCACCUCAGUUAGCCAAGGCAGUACCCUUCGAGCACAGAACCAAGACAACUGUGAGUCUCUGCAGGCCCAAAGUAACAAAGUAGCCGAAUGUCAACGGAAACUGCGAGAGACGCUAAAGAGGAAGUUCAGCCACCUGUUUGAAGGGCUCACAGACAAGGAAAACAAAAUACUCCUCAAUAGCAUCUACACGGAGCUCUACAUCAAUGAGGGAGGAAGUGCCGAGGUCAAUAAGGAACAUGAGGUGAGGCAGAUUGAGGCGGCAUCCAGGAUGCAUGUGGACCAGGAGAAAUCAAUCCACUGCAAUGAACUCUUUGCUCCUCCACCAGGACCACACCACCACAAUAUCAGAACGGUGAUCACGAGGGGAGUGGCCGGCAUCGGAAAAACGGUAUCCGUCAAUAAAUUUACUCUAGACUGGGCUGAUAAGAUAGCUAACACCGACCUGGAGUUUGUGUUCCCCCUCGCUUUCCGAGAGCUGAAUCUGAUGACAGAAAAAAACUACAGUCUAGAGGAGCUUCUCAGCGUCUUUUUCCCUGAUACGAAAGACACAGGAAUCUUCACUAAUAGUAAACGUAAAAUGCUCUUCAUCCUGGACGGUCUGGACGAGAGCCGCCUGCACUUGGACUUCCACGAGAUUGAAAUCGUCUCCGAUGUGAAGCAGUCCACCAAAAUGGCCGCGCUUGUGACCAAUCUCGUCAGGGGGAAACUGCUCCCCCUGAGUCUUGUUUGGAUCACGUCUCGCCCAGUUGCUUCCUGUCAGAUACCCGACGAGUAUGUUGACCGGGUGACCGAGGUCCGGGGGUUCAACAACCAGCAGAAAGACGACUACUUCCGGAAGAAAAUUGCAGACGAGAGCUUGGCAAACAGGGUGAUCGCCCAUGUGAAAUCCUGCAGGAUUCUCCACAUCAUGUGCCACAUACCAGUCUUCUGCUGGAUGGCGGUGAGUGUUCUCAGGAAACAGUUGGCGAUGACCGACAGUAAAGACACGCCAAAGACUCUCACUAAAAUGUACAUACAAUUCCUGUCUUUGUACGAGCAGACCAUGAAGAAGAGGUUGCCUGGAAGACGAGAGUCAAACGCUGAUGUCCGAGAUAACCUCAUCUCGCUGGGCAAACUGGCCUUUAAAGGGCUGGAGAAGGGCCGCUUGAUCUUCUAUGAAAAAGAUCUCAUCAAAUACGAAAUAAGCGCUUCGCAGGCCUCCAUGUUCUCAGGAGUCUACACACAGAUCUUCAGCGAGGAGCUGUCAAUAGGCGAGGAGAAGAUGUUCUGCUUUGUGCACCUGAGCUUGCAGGAGUUUUUCGCCGCACUGUACGUCUUCCUCAAGUUCCACAAUGACAACGUCAACGUCCUGGUGAAGAAGUCGUCUGCCUCGAGACUCUUCCAGUCCCGAGACACUUCAGAGCUCAUUCUCUAUAAGGAGGCCGUGGAAAAGACUCUGAAUUGUGAGAAGGGACAUUUUGACGUCUUCCUGCGCUUCCUGUUGGGCCUGUCUCUGGAUUCCAGUCAGACCCUUUUGCAACAUGUAAUGACCAGCAACAGAACAAACCAACGGACCAGAGCAGAGAUCAUCAAACACAUCAAGGAGAGGAUCAGGUCGAGUCCGUACACAGACAGGUGCCUCAAUCUCUUCCACUGCCUCUACGAGCUGAACGACCACUCGCUCGUGGAGGAGAUUCAGAGCUACCUCCGCUCGGGCCAUCUGAACAAAGCCAAACUGUCCCCUGCACAGUGGGCCACUCUGGUGUUUGUCCUGUUGACGUCGGAGGAAGAACUGAGUGUGUUUGAGCUGAGCAACUACAGCAGGUCAGAGAAGGGACUUGUGAGGCUGCUGCCUGUUGUCAAAACAGCUCAAGUGGCAAAUCUAAAAUCAUGUAAUCUCACGGUGACCUGCUGUGAAAUCCUGGCAAACUGCAUCGGCUCAUCUAAAAUUAGAGAUCUGGACCUGAGCAACAACAACCUGACAGAUCAAGGGAUUAUACUGCUCUCUGCUGGACUGAAGACGAUCAAACUGGAGACACUGAGACUGAGGAGCUGCAACUUGACUGAUCAAUGCUGCAAAGCCCUGGCCUCAUCUCUCAGCUCGGCAUCCUGCCAGCUCAAAGUCCUUGACCUCACUGACAACGACUUUCAGGACGCAGGAAUCUCAGUGAUCGCCGGUGGACUGGGGAGUCCUCAUUGCAAACUUGAAGUACUCAUUUUGUCCCUGUGCGGCGUGACAGAAGAAGGCUGCACUUACCUGGCGUCUGCUCUGAACUCAGCCCGUCUGAGGGAGCUCAACCUGAGCUACAACCACCCAGGAGACCUGGGCCUGAAGCUGCUGUCUACUCUGCUUGACGACCCACAAUGCAGCCUGCAGAAACUCAGUGUGGAAGAGUGUGGUGAAUCCAGGAUUCAGCCAGGUCCAAAGAAAUAUAUCACCAAACUCAGCCUGGACCCAAACACAGCACACAAAGACCUGGCUCUGUCCGAGGAGAACACGAAGGCGGAGCGUUGGACUAAGCAGCCGUAUCCCGACCACCCCGAGAGGUUCGAUUUCUGGAGACAGGUGUUGUGUCAAGAGGGACUGAGCGGCCGGUGCUACUGGGAGACAGAGUGGAGCGGGAGAACUGUCAUAGGAGUAGCCUACAGACGUAUGUGCAGGAAGGGAGAGGAAGCCGACAGCUGGUUGGGCCGGAAUGACUCCUCCUGGGGCCUGAGCUGUACAAACGAUGGCUUCAGGGCCCUGCACAGCACCACAAACACCGCUCUGACCAUCACCCCCAGCUCCAACAGAGUAGCAGUCCUUCUGGACUGGUUAGCGGGGACACUGUCGUUCUACCUGGUCUCCUCCCGUGCCUCACUGACCCUCCUCCACACCUUCCACACUUCCUUCACUGAGGCUGUCUACCCAGGGUUUCAGCUUGCCUGGGUGAGCGCCACAAUCAAACUGUGCUAAAAAUCACCAGGACAUAAAUCAUUGCUUCAUAUUCCUCCUGAUCUCAGAACCUCCUCCUGCUCUCUACACUGAAAGGUUCAGUGCAUGCAAAUACAAAGUUGAAUUAUUGCACUGUGGUUGUCAUCCACCACCAUCAAGUGCAGUUUUAGAGCACUAAAGUUUUCACUGUGACCUUUGACCACUGAUAGCAUCUGAGUCCAAUUGACAGCUGGACAAAAUUUGGAGGAAUUCAUUAAAAGCACAAUUGAGAUAGAACAUGUUCCUGAUAUAUCACAUUCAUCUGUCCGUCCCGUCACAUCCACUUGAGAGGUACUGGAAAAUGUUUUGUUAGGGAAAAUUGUACACUAAUGUAAAUGUAAAGAGUAGAACAAUGUGAAGUUAAUAUAUGUACAUUUGUUAUUUCUAAUAAAGGCUUUCUCUCGGGGAGACAAAGAAAAACCAAGAGAGAAACAACA